AUGACGAAACAACGAGCGUUCGUGUUCAUCAAACCGCACGCGUGCGUGCCAAAAAACGAUAACAAUUUACUCUACAAACAAAAACUCGUGGAGACGUUUACAGAGAACGGAUGUGAAGUCAUCAAAGAAGGGAAAAUAUCUUCGUCCGUCAUCGAAAAGAGGAAACUCAUCGACGCGCAUUACUACGCGAUCGCGUCGAAAGCGACUUUACUGAAACCAUCCGAGUUGAACGUUCCCGAAGACGUGUUCCAGAAGACGUUUGGAAUCUCGUGGAAAGAAGCUUUGGAGAAGAACGUAUGUUUUAACGCCUUGGAUGCGUGCAAAGAGUUGAACGUGGACGCUUUAGGCUUGGAGAAGCGUUCGAGAUUCGCGAAACGAUCGGUGAAGUUUGGCGGCGGAUUUUAUUGCGCGGAAAUGCUGAAAGAAGAUGGAACGUCCAUUUACGUGUUUAACGCGUUUUUUAUGUCCAUGCGAUCUCAGUUUGUUGAGAAAGGGAAACAGAUUAAAUGGUUCGUCGUGGAAUUCGACGACGAGACGUUGAAGUGGGAGGACUUCAGAGCGAAAGUUUUGGGCCCUACGGAUCCGAAGAAAGCGCCAGAGACGAGUUUGAGAGGCAUAUUGUUUAAGAACUGGAAGAAGUACGGUCUGAUGAGAAAACCGACGACUGGGGAGAACGGGGUACACGCGUCCGCGUCGCCAUUCGAGGCGUUGGCGGAGAUUGCGAAUUGGACCGGGGAACCCGUCGACGAACAAGCGUACGGCAAACUCUUGAUUCAACACGGCAUCACGAAAGAAACUUUGGAGAUGUGGGGUAAGGAUCCACAGGUGAACAUCAGAAGUGAUGGGUUGAAAGGGUCUUUGUUCGACCAGGUGGAAGAUAUGGACAGCAAAGAGUGCAUGAAAAACUUGAUGCAAAUUAACAAGUUGAACGAACCGGCGCCGCCGCCGCAACCGGUUGUUACGAAGAGCAGCUCUUCGAAGAAGAAGCAGAACAGCGAUGCUCCGCCGACGCCGAAGAAGACAACGACGGGGACGGAUAACGGCGACGCGAAAGCGUUGAUCGGUGUGCUCGUCGUCGUUGGUUUGACGUUGCUCGCUGGUGGGAAUAAGAAGGCGGCGAAGAAGGAGGAUAAAAAUGCGAAAGCGACGAACAACAAAAAGAACGGAAAGAAGUAA